AUGGCGACAGCAGCGGCUCGUCCGCUCGUGACAGUUCAGCCGUACGACGAGGCCGGCGCGCCGCAGCAGGCGGCGCUCCCCGCGGUGUUCCUCGCGCCGAUCCGCAGCGAUGUCGUUAAGUUCGUGCACGCGAUGGUUUCGAUGAACAAGCGCCAGCCGUACGCCGUCAGCACCAAGGCCGGCCACCAGACGUCCGCCGAGUCCUGGGGUACCGGUCGCGCCGUGUCGCGUAUUCCCCGCGUUCCCGGCGGCGGUACGCACCGCGCGGGACAAGGAGCCUUCGGUAACAUGUGUCGCGGCGGUCACCUGUUCGCGCCGCUCCGCAUCUGGCGCCGCUGGCACCGCAAGGUGGAUAUUCUGACUCUUUCCCCGCUAAAGCAGAUUCGAUAUAGAUACGGGGAAGAACAUGCGGUCCCCAUCAAGAUGCGCCGCCAUGCGGUCGCCUCCGCCAUUGCCGCUUCCGCCGUGCCCGCGCUCGUCCAGGCGCACGGCCACGCCGUCAGCAAGGCGCCGGAGCUGCCGCUGGUGGUGGGCAACGAGAUCGAGGCGGUCGAGAAGACCUCUUCCGCGCUGAAGGCGCUGAAGCGCAUCGGCGCGUACGAUGACGUGGCGAAGGUGAUUUCGAGCAAGAAGAUCCGGCCCGGCAAGGGCAAGAUGCGCAACCGGCGGUACCUGAGCAAGAAGGGCCCGCUCAUCGUGUACGGCACGGACGGCGCCAAGCUCACCAAGGCCUUCCGCAACAUCCCCGGCGUGCAGGUGGUGGCGGUCGAGAAGCUGAGCGUGCUCGAUCUCGCCCCCGGCGGCCGUGUCGGGCGCUUCGUAAUCUGGACGCAGAGCGCGUUCGACAAGCUCGAGGGGCUCUUCGGGUCGUUCUCGCAGGCGCCCACCAUGAAGCGCGACUUCCUGCUGCCGCGUGCCGCCAUUGUCAACUCGGACAUCACGCGCAUCAUCAACAGCGACGAAGUGCAGAGUGUGUGCCGGCCGAAGAGGGUGGCGCCGAAGCCGCUGCACCGCCUGAAGCGCAACCCGCUGAAGAACCGCACGGCCAUGGCGGUGCUCAACCCCUUCGCCGCGGAGAAGCGCAAGCAGGCCGCUGAGGCUGCCGCCCAGCCCAAGGCCAAGAAGGCCCGCGAGACGGAGGAGGCCAAGAAGGCAGGAGAGUCAUGGUACCAGACCAUGAUUUCAGACUCGGAUUACCUCGAAUUCGAAAACUUCACCAAGUGGCUCGGCGUGUCUGAGUGA